UUAAUAUUUYAGUUGAGUGCCAGCUUUUGACGGAACUUGUUCUACUUUCUGUAAUAAAACGGCAUUAUAAGCGCCGAAGUGCUUUUGAAAUUCAAGGAAAAGUGUUUGAGUUCAAAAGUUACAACUAUAAGAGGUGCAACUGAAGUCAAGUAAAAUAACUGUGUAAAUAGAAAAAACAAAAGAACUGGAAAAGUUUCUGAAGUGCAUAUUUCGGAGAAUUCGAAAAGYUCGUGUGAUGGAUUAUCGUCUGCUUUUGAAGAUAAUCUGCAUUUCGCUGAUCACCGUUGACACUUCUGCGCAAACACCGAAUGAUUAUGGCGAGGAACCGCCCGAGGGAUACUACGCAUUUGUCGAAUCGCCAAAUUCUGUACCACCAAAAGUGCGACCACCGCCCUACACGCAUGUCAGUGCGGACUGCAAGAAUGUAGGUGGCAACAAAAAGGCAGCUGUUUCGGUUAACAACAUUUGUGGUGAUCUAAACAAAGGACAAAUUCCGCAAAAUCCCAUGAGACAGAAUGUUCUCGGCGAGCCGUAUCCAUUUGAGUUGAUACGUAACCAGACACUCAAGUUUUUAUCGAAAACAUUGCCUGUGCUUAAAGCUGACGAUACUUUGCCCAAGGUGACACAAAUUGUACGUGACGAACCAGUCGAUCCGGUGGAGAACAACAAUAUUGACCGUCACUAUAAUGCACGAGCAAAACGAGCCACGCCUCCACAGCCACAAAGCCAGCCGCGUGUCGAGGACCACGAAUUCAGUUAUUUUGAUCCUGCUCUAGACGAAGAACAGCGUGCAAAUAGUCGUGCUUCCGAGGAACGAAAGCCACGCAAGUUCUGCGAUGGCGGUGGAGUCUUUUGUACUUUAUAUCGGGCCAUUCAAGGCGAUACAUCGACCGCACCACAAGCCACAGCUGAACGUCGUGAGGAAAUCGGUCCGAUACGUUAUGAAGGUCCACCCACACCAUGUCCUGCCAAAGUUGAAUACGCUACACCAGUGUUCGCGAAAAACUAUCAGGGCUUCUGGCGUUACGUUGUGCAAAUUCCAUACGAAGGCUAUUUCACGCAAACCGUCGAAGUGACUCGCUGCAUACAAGCCCGCUGUCAUUACUUGGACGGCGGUUGUCUAUCCUCGCCGCGUUGGGUGAGCCUACUUGUCGCUGAAAUUUUCUACCCGAACGCAGAGGACGCCGUGCCGACGACUUCAACGACCACGCCAACGCCUUCCGUGCAAGACUUCCAAGCUUACCAGCAAUAUCUGCAAAGACGUGCCGGCGUAGCCACCGCCUCUGAUGGUACCAGCCCAACCAGCAACGUCAACGCACCCGAAUACAAUCAGCACUGUGAUGGGCACGAUGAUAUCGGUUGUUUCCAAGUGCGUUUGUACUACGAUUGGUUCCUUAUUCCCGGCUCAUGCAAGUGCUGGCGCCCAGACUACUUUGCCAAAUAUGUGCGCAGAAAGUCCGUAGCGGAUUUGUAAACGGAUCAGCAGUAACGCAAAAUACUCACGUACACGUUAUCUGUUUGAAACGGAAAAUCUCAAAAGUCUCCAACUGGACUCAUUUACCUAUAAUCCUGUCUUCUAAUUUAAUUUUUAAGCAUAAAUGCGCGACGCUCCGUUGCCUUUAUGAAUUAGUUUAAUAUUAAAAACUGAUUGGUGAAGCUUUCAUUCUAAAAUUCCAGCUCAAUACUAUCUGACUACAAACAUUAUAUUUUCCAGAUACUUGGAAUUUUCAGAAUUUUAACUUCGCAGCUACUAAUUAAUAUUCAAUACCUAAAUACUAACUAAUUAGUUUAAGGUCUUAUUUAACUCUAUAAGCGUAUACAUAUUGCUCACAACCGUUGAGGUCAAUAAACUGAAAAUAGGGAAGGUCAGUAUGGUGCAGUUGUCUCGCUUACACGUAUCUCUUUCUAUUGAACCUGUGUACGAGUAUUUGACGAGUAUUUGAAAAAGUACCCCGUUUAUGGUAUUACUUUUAAGUUAUUGUAAGAAGCAAUUAUAUACUUAAAUAUAAAUAUUAAAUAACUGUAUCUUUACCUUUAUCUGAUAUUCAUAAUAAUUAUAGAAAUAUAAAACAACUAGUGUAAA